CUGUGACUGUCCCUGUCCCUGGAAGUUCCACGAUCCAAUAUGAUCGUCAUCUCCACAACCUUAAUUCGACCACAAAAACCCACAGUUACCCACUUUCAGCUCGGCUUCACCAGUGACUUUCUUGACAUAGCCACACAAGAAGUCGCCUUGGAGUCCUCCCGAUUCCUUAUCCGCUAUUUAAAGACUGUUCUACAUCUUGUGGUCUCGAAUCUGUUUGAUACAACAACACGACAACAAAGGUUGCACUAACACCAACCGCCCACCAUGCCGACCUCACUAACAAUACACCUCGUCAACACCUCCCCGACCCCGCACAUCCCCAUCCAUGCCUACAUCACCGGCCUCGCCAUUCCCUCGAUGGCCCGCGUCUUCAUCCAAUCCGACGGUCGAACUACCUACUUUCCUCCGUCGCCUCCUCCUGGAAAAAUCCUCCAGCCCUUCCCCGUCGACUGCGCCAUUCCCGUCCCUCCAGGCCCUCACCCAACCGUCGUCACCAUCCCGCGCAUCGCCGGCGGGCGCAUCUGGUUCUGCCAAGGAGACAAGAAGCUGAAGUUCAUGCUCAACCCCGGCGGGCCCGGAGGUGGCGCGGCGCUGGUUGAGCCAUCGGUCCUGAACCCGAGCGAUCCCAACCGCGAUGUGGACUUUGCGUUUUGCGAGUUUACGCUGAACGACCACCAGCUUUUCGCCAACAUCUCGUAUGUGGACUUCGUGCCGAGAUUGCCGAUUGCUUUGACGCUGGUAGAGAAAGGAACGAGGAAGCUGCAGCAUGUGUCGGGCAUGCGACCGGAUGGGUUGGAGAGGAUCGCGCAGGGACUGAGGGAGCAGGCAGCGAGGGACGGGUGGCCGUGGGAUAAGUUGGUGGUGGAGAGGCCGGGGAUGGAUAGGCCGUUGCGGGUGUUGGCGCCCACACAUGGGGAUGCAGUCGGGGCCAAGUUUGAUGGCUAUUUUGAGCCUUUUGUGGACAAGGUUUGGGAGAGGUAUUGUCAUUUUGGGAAGCCUUGCCAUGGGAAUGGUGUGGCAUUCGGUACCGAUAAGCCCCCGGGUCCUCCGCCGGGACCAAGACCGGGCGAUGCACCGGGUGAUCGACCCCCCGGCCCGCCCCCCGGACCCCGUCCCGGAGACGGCCCGAACGGCGCUCCGCCUAGGUUCGGGUUACGGCAUGUCCUGCAAAAGUUCCACAAUCACUAUCACCACAGCCAUAACGGCCAUGCUACAGCACCUCAGCAACAUAACUAUUACCUAGGGCAACAACAUUACUACUACCCGGGUCAACAACCUCCCGCACCGGCACCUCCUCCUCCUCCUCCUCAACCCCAAACCCAAACCCACCACCUCCGCAUCAACACCCAAGCCGGUCCCGGCAUCCUAACCGGCCACAUCCCCCACCGCCCCUCCGACCCCCUCCUCAUCGGUCCGGAACCCUUCCACCGCCCCACAACCGCCGACAUCUUCGGGUGCAACUCGGGUCCCUUCACCACCGGUCCCAACGCGGUGCGGAACGCCAUCAUCCCGCGCCUGGCAGCCGCUUUCCAACGGUCCAGCAUCAUCGACUGCGAAGACCAGCCGUCGGAUGUAGAGACUUUCUACAGGUGGCAUGCAGAUGGUAGACCGACGAAUCAUUAUGCUAGGGUGGUGCAUGAGUGGAAUGCGGAUGGGAAGGGGUAUGCGUUUGCUUAUGAUGAUGUGCAGAGGGAUGGGGGGAGGGAUCAGAGUGGGAAGGUGGAGGGGGGCCAGGUGGAGGUUUGGGUGGUGGAGGUUGGUGGGGGGAAUAUUUGGGUUGGGUAGGUGGUGGGAUGUGACAGGAGGAGGUACGGGGGUGGAGAGGAUUUUUAGGAGGGUGGAGGUGUGGGGAGGUGAAGAAUGAGGAAUGGGUUGAGAGGAGGGAAUGGGGAUUGAGGAUAGAUAAUUGGGAAUUGUGAGUGGGAAUUGGGCUUGGCACUUGAGAAUGGAUGGGAUGUAGGUCAAGUGAGGUGAUGGGAAGACAUUGAUGUUAUGGUUCGAGUGUCAUAGAGAUGGAGCAUGUAAUGUAUUUCAAUGGCAGCUUUUCGAUACAAACCGGGGCCAGAAGGGUCCAGAAGUGAAUUGAGUAAAGGAGAGAUGCAUCAUCACCAACUUUUGUAUUUGCCUGCAAACUCCAUGAUUCAUUAUCAUUGAC